AUGAGCGAAUCGCAAGAGCCCUCCUACCCUCCCAUUGACCCCGUCAACUUCGAUCUUAUCAUCGUCGGCACCGGCCUAUCAGAAUCCGUCAUCGCUGCGGCUGCAUCCGCCGCCGGCAAAACCAUCCUCCACCUCGACCCCAACUUCUUCUAUGGGAGCCACUUCGCCUCUCUCUCCUUUCUCGACCUCACUACCUACCUCACUUCCCCCAACCCUCUCCCCGCCGCCGUCACAACCACCGACUCCGACGACGUCGUUGUCGACCUCCUUCACCAACCCCUCUGCUCCAACGUGGAAAUCGUGUCCUAUGAUGAAUCCUCGUUCCUCCUCGAAAAUUCGAGAAAAUUCAACAUCGAUUUGGGAGGUCCUAGGGCGCUGUUCAGCGCGGACAAGACGAUCGAUCUGCUACUGAAAUCGGGCGCAGCGCAGUAUUUGGAGUUCAAAGGAAUCGAUGAAAGCUUCGUGUACGAAGCGAAUGGGGGUUUGGCGAACGUGCCGGAUUCUCGCGGAGCGAUUUUCAGAGACAAGAAGCUUUCACUCAAGGAGAAGAACCAGUUAAUGAGGUUCUUCAAGCUGGUGCAACAGCACUUGGAUGAUACUCAGGAGGAGAAAAUUUCGGAGGAGGAUCUGGAGAUUCCAUUUGUUAGUUUCUUGGAGAAAAUGAAUUUACCGCCGAAGAUAAAAUCGAUUCUUUUGUAUGCUAUAGCCAUGGUAGAUUAUGAUCAAGACAAUCACGAGAUUUCUAAAGAUUUGCUUAAAACAAAAGAUGGAAUAGAUUGUUUAGCUCAAUACAGCUCAUCUGUUGGAAGGUUUCCUAAUGCCCCUGGGGCUAUGCUUUAUCCUAUUUAUGGUGAAGGAGAACUACCACAAGCCUUUUGUCGCCGAGCCGCUGUCAAAGGCUGCAUUUAUGUGGUUUAUUCUUAUCAGUAUGAUAGAAGGAAACAUGGUUCAGGUAUCAUGUUGUCGAGGACAUUGGCAUGUUUGGCUUUUCCUAGAGCUUUCUUUCUGAAUGCCAGGAUUGUAGCUGUGGGGAUGGAUUCAAAUUUUGCUAUAAGGAUACUUGAUUACACUAUUGUUCUAAGAAUGCCAGUUGUUUCUCUGCUUAUGGAUAAGUACUUUGUUGUGAGAAAAGAUGCGGUUGAAGUCAAGUGCAAAAGGAAUUUCAUCUUUGUCAUUUUUAAACCAACAAUGCAGGUUACUGGGCUUUAUAAAGGUGUUAGAUUAGCUUCAAGUCAGGAUUUAUAUAGCCACCAAUUAAUCCUGGACCCAUCCCUCACAAUUCCAUCAUCGUUGUCUCUGUCUCCAAGAGAUUAUCCCAGUGAAAGGCUCCAAAUGUUGAGUCAGAGAGAUAUUAAAGGAAUAGUGGCCAGGGGAAUAUGCAUCACAAGAAGUUCAAUAAAGCCAGAUGUAUCUAAUUGCUCAGUGGUGUAUCCUCCUAGAUCUUUGUAUCCAGAACAGGUGACAUCAAUCAAAGCUCUGCAGAUAGGAUCAAAUCUUGCUGCUUGUCCUGCGGGAACCUUUAUUUUAUAUUUUUCCACUUUGUGCAAUGAUGCCAAUGAAGGAAAGAAUCUACUAAAGGCCGCCAUGAAUGCUCUUCUCACAUUGCCUGUAUCCAGAAACACUGAAAGUAUUUCAAGUGUUCAAAGUGACAGUGAAGAUACUAAACCGAUUGUGCUGUGGAGUGCGUUGUAUAUUCAGAAAUUAAUUACGAGUAAAUUUGAAUUUAUCAGCUCCACUUCUACACCAGAUGGAAAUCUGAACUACAAUGACCUUUUAGAUGCGGCUGAGAAGCUAUUUGGACAGAUGUACCCCAAUGAAGAAUUCUUUCCAAAGGUAACAUCACCCGAAGAUCCUACGGAUGGGGAUGAUAAUGGGUUAACUCUGGAUAGCUAA